AUGCACUGGCUUCUUAGCCCUGUGCGUGUUCCACCCUGUGACACUCUACAUGAAGGUCGCCAGCUACUGGCAUUUCAUUUUAUACUGGUGGCAGUGGCUCGCAUCUCGGAUCUCUCAUCUCCCAAGGUCAUUGAGUUUUGCCAGGAAGAAUGGUUUCAAGAGUGGAUGUUGGUGGAAGACUGGACUGGUCCUGCACCCCUGCUCGACAGUGUCAAACUUAUCACCCCUGAGCAAGUUCACCAGACCACCA